UUUUGAGUAUGAAAAUAGAACUCUCAGCCAUGUCGCGAAUGAAUGAUGAAUUGAAAGAUGAAAUGAAUAAGUCAAUGGCGAGCCAAUUUGAUUCGGAGAUGAGGCUGGUAAAGGCUACUACAUAGGUCACAGAACUGAAAGCAAAAGUCUUAGAUAAGGAGACACAGCUGCAAAGCAUUAUGGAUGAGAAUGACGGCUAAAAACGAAGAUCAAUAGACAGGGAGCAUCAGGAGAAUUAUGUUGUUGUUGUAUUGGAUGUUGAGAGUGCAAAAUCUGCAGAACAAAAAGCAUUGAUGAGACUAGGUGUUGUUAAUGAGGAGGCUGAAAAUAAAAACAAGGCAACAAAGGUUUUGGAGCAGCUUGAGGCUGCUCAGGCAGUGAAAUCAGAGAUGGAGGCUGAGCUGAGGAGGCUAAGGGUGCAGUCAGAUCAAUGGAGAAAUGCAGUUGAAGCAGCUGCAACAGUUCUCACACCAGGGAACAAUGGCAGAAUAGUUGAGAGGACGGGCUCUCUUAAAUCAGACUACAAUUCACUGCUCCCUAGGAAGCUGCAAAGCUCCCCUUUCUUCGACGACUUGAAUGAAGAUUCUCCCAAGAGAAAGAAUAGCAAUAUGAUAAGAAAAAUUUUAAUGGAUCUCAAUCUUGAGCAGAAAGAAAGCACUGAGAUUUUUGUUGACAACCAAGUUGUCAUUUUCAAUUCUCAUAAUCCUGUGUUUCAUAAAAAAAACUAA